GGUCUAAGGGCCAGCGAACCCCCGUGCUGCGGGGUGCGCCUUCUAGGGGUACUCCUUCCACCCGUGUUCGCGGUCUGGACCGGAUUCGGCUGUGUUGAUGAGCGGUGGGGCUGCGAGUCGAGAAGAGGAGGCAGCUGGUCGGCAGGGGAAAUCUGCGAUAGACGUUGUGCCCAGGCGUAGAAGGUCAGGUGACACGUCCGUUGUAGGUGUGGGAGACGAGGUGCCUGUCGUCGACCACAAAGACACGUGCUGGAUGUUGGACUGGGUGGGUGGAAUCGGGGAACCCUCGAGUGGGCUGGUUCUGUACGUGGUGAUCAAAGAUAACAUUGUUCCGAUUGGCGGUGUGGUGAAGUGGAGUGGAGGAAGUUCACCGUUGGCCAUUUUGGAGUUGACGAUGGUCCUUAACGCUAAAGGUGAGCGGAUGGCGAAUGUCAAACGCGUUGCUCUUCGUUGGGCCAAACACGCUGGGUACGGCAAAAAGCUUUAUGAUAUUUUCAAUCCGCCCGGGAUGAAGAAAUUGACGUUGUCGGACCUUCGAUCAGUUUUCGCAUUCUUCGACAGUAAUGUGGUCGCAGGGCAUGAGCCAGUGGUGCAUGCUACCGACCGCAUAUCUGAGCCGAAAAACGUGUUUUCGUCGUCCUUGGAGGCGGCUCCGUCGUCGAAAGCAAUCAUUAUAGGUGCCCGCCCUCCGCAAUCCCUUCAGGCUCUGAUUGCUGCAAUGCGAGUUCCGAAAUCGGGGCAGAUCGGGGAGAAAGGUCCGUGUCGCGGCCAAAUCGUGUCGUCAGCCCCUAUGAAGUCCAGACCAACAUCAACCAAGGAACCCGUUUCCUUGGUCGGCCCACCGCGUUAUGAGUUCAUCGUUCCUGCUGGGCCGCAUUAUUUUGGAGAUGAAGACGAGAAGAACAACGAGGAAGAUUUGGAGCGCAGUGAAGAACGCGAAGAAUAUGAGGAGGGUGGCGAUGACAGAGGGGAGCAUGGGGAAGAGAUGGCAAUAGACACUGAACAGACAACCAACGACAGGGGAGGGCCAGGCGAAUUGGAGGGUCGUCUACGGUUGAUUAUGAGGACGACGGGCAAAAAGAGGAAACGAGCGGCGAGGGUGGGUAUGCAGACGUGCAUCGGGGUUCCAAACGAACGCAGUGGCUCGCGCCGGGACAUGGGCAUUGGGAAGCAGAUCGAGGGCGCGGGGGAAUGCACCACGAAGUUGGGGUCGAGCCAGCGCAUGCCGAUGCAGCUCGACUGACUGAGAAGAAGAGGAAGAUCAGGCAAGAGAGC